GUUGCCUAGGCGACAAGGACUGCUUCCUCUAGAGAUAUCAUGGCAGGACUGUGGACCCCAGGGGCUAUGACCCCCGCGGUGACUCCAGCAGACAGCACAGCUGACUCUGAGAGAAAUAUAGAAUUCCAGGAGAAUGAAAAGAUCCUGUCUCCAGAUUUUCUCUCAAUUGACCAGAUCACUGACCUGCUAGAAGAAGCAGACAUGGAUGGAGUUCAAGAAAAAAUGAGAGUGUUUCUGAAUUUUAAAGAUCUCCAGACUUGCUUAAGAGACGCCAUUCUCUUAGACUACUAUGUGUCCGGGUUCUUUUGGGCCAAAAACAUGAACUUUUCCAUCGACCAACAUUCAAAAUUCAUGACUUUGCUGGACAUGUUACUGCAUAAUCUUCAAACACUCCAUAUGUCCUUAGAGGACAGCAUCAAGUGGCUUGGGGAAGUGAUGGCAGAAAUUGGACCUAACCAUUCACAGAAGAAUGAGGAGUUGCAUAUCUUUGAUGUCAGAGAAGCCAAUGCCAUCAUCGAUUACUUAAAAAUCAGCUUAUUCCAGCACUACAGGCUCUACGAGUUUAUGUUCUACUCGACCAGGGAAGAAAUUGUCAUCGGAACCGAGCAAACCAUAGAAGCCGUCAAGCCUGCAGACCACCCUUUCCCAGCUCCGCUGGAGGAAGGAAUCUCUUUGGAUAUCUAUUCGGCUUUCUUAGAACGGAUGCCAACCCCAGAGACCGAAGGGAAGGUGCUGGAUCAAGAGCAAAGCCCCCAGGAGUCCCAGUCAGAGACUGAAGGCGCAGAGGUGGAUUCUUUAGUUGGUUUCACCAUCGACGAUGUAAAAUCAGCACUGGCUCGAGUGACAGAUGAGGUUUUGUUGAACAUUCAGAAGGAGAUAAACGAAAAACUGCAAGUACAGGAAGAGGCCUUUAAUGCACGAAUAGAGAAACUGAAGAAAGCCUGAGGACUUGGUACGAGCGAAGUGAUGCUGGACUUCAGAGAAACAAACAACACUGGGCAGAAUUAAUGGAUUCUCAGGAGUGCUGUGUCACCUCCAGACCUCCGUGAAGGGGAAGCCCGCUUUUCUUCAUCCUCACUGCUUAGCAACGCCUGGUCCAGACUCUCCUGUCCCACACCCCCCUCUGGCUGCAGUGCCAACUGCAACAGCACUGCAUUGUGUAUGAGACUUUGGAGAGUUAUGUAUGACAAUAUAAUUACUGUCAGGAUGCCCCUGUGUUGUUGUGAAUAAUAAAUACUAUUCCUCUCUA